AUGCCUCACAGGAGGCGCCACGAAAAGAGCCACCACCAACAGCAGCAGCAACAGCAAAAACAACAGCAAGGGCAGCAGUCGCAUCAACAGGCGCUACAAGAGCAGCAGCAGCAGAAGCAACAGCAACGGCAGCAGCAUCAGCAGCAUGAGCGACAUCAGCAGCAGCAGGAGAGGCAGCAAUAUGAGCAACACCAGUUGCACCAGCUGCAGGCUCUGCCAGCAGGGUUGUCUAGCCCUGCUGGCGACCUUGAGGCCAGCGUGGCAUGCGCUCAGGAGGAGGUGCAGCGGCGGCUGCAGGUUUCCAGCGCGAACGCCGUAGACAUCUCAUCAGCACAAAUGUUUGCUGAGGGCCCUGAUGGUGUCCCUUCUUUUAUUCGCUGCAGCGGCUCGCAGAACAUUUUGGAUAGGAAGAAGAAAGUCUUGGUCUCCUUUACCCCCUUCGCCAGGCUGCCGCCUACGGCGACGCCUGUAGAGACUCGGCCUGCCCUCGAGUUUUAUUCUCCUUCAGGCGCGUCGCUCCACCGGCGUCUCGUGGCGCAGGUGAGCUCUGUGCCUCCCGAGGCAAAGGCUCUGUCUGGCGCUGCAGCAUCGGGGGCGCCUGCGCAUCGUCUGGAGGUAUGGGGCACAGCGGGCAGCGGCUUCUUAGGUUGUGCCUUGUCUCUGUUGGCUCCCCACAGCAUUCCCUGGCUGGGGCCAUAUGGGGGCGGCUCCUUCUGCCCUCAGGAUGAGAACUUGUUCUUGUACGUUGCGGAAGAGUCUCCAAAGGAAGCGCCUUCGCCUUUAGACAACUUCUGCUACAAGGACACCUGGGGGGAGCAGCUACUGCAGCACUCAAGAGGAGUAGUGCUCGUCGGAAGCAUCUCACCACCUGCCUUGGCCCCGCUGCAGCACAGAGAACGUGGAGUUAGCUGUGCGCAGGCUUCUUUUGUCCCUGAUGGCUCUGGCAUUGUCUGCACAGAGUUGCCUUCCGAACCUUACAGACUGGGUCUGCGCUUCUGUAUUAACCGGCGUUCUUCUGUAUGGUUAGCUUCAUUCAUGUGUGGAGGUGUUGGGCAGGCGUUGCGCGGCAUCAACUCCAAAGACAAGGGGCCUCCGAAGGCCAUCCUGCCCUCUUGGAUUUGCCUGUCAGGAGAGGAGGACUGGGCCGCCUGGGAGCCGCGUGUUUGUGAGGUGGCUGCGGAGUCCCAGGGGCCCCUGCUGAGCUUUGAAGUCGCUUACUUGGCGCUGGCGAACAACCCACAAGAGACGAGGCCUCACUUCGGCAACACUCGCCUCCGUGUUGUUACGGUGACGCGGGCGGGCCUGGGGGCCCCCUGGGCUGUGACGGACCGGCGGACAGUUGUCGGCCUUAGCCCGCAACACCCUGUGGGCCCCCCUCCCCAGCAGCAGCGGCAGCAGCCAGAGAGCAAGGUGCUCAGAGCCACAGAAGAAGAGAUGGAGGCCUUCCCUAACUCAUUGCAGCUCGCUUGCGUUUGCGUGGCGGGGCCCAUGCGGCAGCCAGGGCCUUCGGGGGCCCAUCGGCUGCGCGCCUUUCAGGGUCUCUCCUGUCUUCGGCUGCCCCCCUGGAGGAGCCGGGGAUUCCUUCUGACAAAUACUUUUAUUGGCUGUCGCCAGGUUGUCGUUGCAGUCUCUACAGACACUGCAAACGCUGAAGGUGUGGGGUGCUCUGCUGCAGCUGGCGGCCUGGCCGUGCGGCGGGUGCAGUUUGAAUGCGCGCACGGCCCGAAUGCACCUGCAGACUUAAAGGCCGCCGCCGCCGCAGCAGCAGCAGGCGACGUGCUGCUGCGAGACACCCGGGGGUCCUGGCUGCUUGUUGAGGCCAGCAGCCCCGUGCAUCUACCUGUGCUGGCGGUUGCCAAGAUAAAAGACCCGACGGUGCUGGAAAAGCCUCAGGAUGAAACGGACGUCUUGGAGCCUCCCGUUGUCGCCGAACUCCUCGAUGCCUUCUCCCUUCGGGGAGGACCAGAGGGGGCUUUCAACGGAGCUGUCAAGAAGCUGCAGCUGCACAUGUUGACGCUUUCGCUGUACCACUUGGAAGCCCAACGCCACUGGCUGGUCCGCCUCGGGGCGCCCCCGAAGGGUCCCUCGGCCCCGAGUUUGGCUGUGCUCAUUCACGGGGGCCCCCAUUCUUGCGCGAGCUGUACAUACAGCCGAUAUGUCCUCUUCCUCACAACUUUGGGCUUCGACGUUCUGGUGGUGAACUACCGCGGCUCUGCGGGCUUUGGUCAGGAGGAGUUGCUGUCGGUGCACGGCCGGGCAGGCCGGCAGGACGUGGAUGACGUGGCGGAGAUUGUGCAGCAAGUAAUCGGCAGGUUCGGCUAUGACUCGACGCGCUGCGUCGUUGCCGGAGGCUCCCACGGAGGUUUCCUCACUUGCCACCUCAUUGGACAGUUUCCUUCUCUCUUCUGCGCCGCGUCCACCCGCAACCCCGUGACGUACAUACCGGGGAUGUACGCAACGUCGGACAUUCCCGAUUUCGUCUUCCCGGUGUCUUGUGGGGAGGACUUCUUCUUCUCAAAGACGCCUUCGGAGACGUCUCUACAGCAAAUGCAGCGGCUGUCUCCGAUACAGUUCGUCAGUGCCGUGCAGACGCCUCUUCUCCUGGCCCUGGGCGCCAAAGACCAGCGGGUGCCGCCCUCACAAGGCCUUCUUUUCUGGCGACUCCUCAAUGCCCAUGGGAAGGAGAAUAAGUUGCUUUGGUAUCCAGAGGAUAACCAUAGCCUCGAUGGCCCAGUGACGGAUGCGGACUACUGGGCGAACACUGGCGUUUGGUUCUUACAGCAUCUGCAGCGGUUUGAGCUGCCCCCUCUGUAA